UGAACCUGUGCGUCUUUUUGGACUUCUUCGUUUGUGGGUUUCUUUUCUGUUCUGCGGAGUAUAUCUAAAGCAGCUUUCUCUCUCCAUGACCUCUCUCUCUCUCUCACAUAGCUUCCUCUAUCCACACUUGUUUUCCGGGGGAUGAAGGGGUGUUUGGAACUGAUUCUGCUUCUGCUUCUUUUUUAAAAGCAGAAGCAGAAUCAGAAUCAGUUUUCAGAAGCUGGUACCCCCCAGCUUCUAAAAAAACUGAUUCUGAGAGUAAAUUAGAGCUCCAGAAGUGAUUCUGGAAUUUCACCCAAACACUCCAGCUUCUGCUUCUGCUCCCUGAAGGAGCAGAAUCAGUUCUGAGAAUCAGAUCCAAACACCCACGAAGUAUAAUAGGAGUAUAGGAAACCGAUUUCUCUGCUUCCACGACACAAUUUCGCCUCCUUCCCCUCUUCAAUACUUGCUGUGUCUGUCUCUUUAAUUUACAUUAACAGUAUAUUCAGAGUUUCUGACGCAUUAGUCUCUUUCCAUGAGGUGCGUUCUCUCUUUCUUCUGCUUUUCCCAGAAUUUUCUACUGUAUUUUCUAUUAACUUUGUAAGGGUUUUGGUAAUGGAACAUAAAAGAUGUGAUUUUUUGAACACCCGUCUACUGUCUUUCUGGAUUUACUGGAUUGCAGAUGUGGGUUUCGGUUUUUGGACCUUCUAAUUGUAGAAUUGUGACCUUUUUGCUGGUUUUUGGUGGGUUUUGUGUGAAAACUGAUGUCGGUGGAGCCAAAUUCAACAGUACAUGUGUUUGCCAAGUGUUAGAGAAUUCGGUCAAUUGAUUCUUCUAUGCUAGAUUCUUGUCUAUAGAUGAUACGGAGUAGUAAAUUUGAUGUGUUUUGUUCCAGUUUUAUUUGGAAUUACUCAUUUAUUCUUCUGGGAAAGCAAAAUAAGAAUUACUCCUAUUGGAACAAGAAAAACAAAUCAAGAAUUGCCCAUUCCAUCUUAGUCUUGAUCAUAAGUACGUUCUGGUUAAGACAGACUAAUAGAUCGUUUCAUGUGCAUUAUGGCUAAGUCAAUUGACCCUUGGGGAAUUAUUACAUCAAAUUUCACAGUUAUCCAUAUAAUAUUGAUGACAUAAAGUACUUUUUUUUCAGGGCUAUUAUUACAUUGAAGUGACUUUUUCUCUUUAUACUCGGAUGUGUUUCUUUUGUUGAAGUUAUGCUGCAUUUGAUAGUGUGUAUGUGUGAUUUGUUUAGGAUGUGGCAAUUGGAUUCGCCUUACAAGACCCAAGUUUCAAACGACCCUGAAGGGAAAGUGGGAAAUGCAUGGUCCAUGCACCUUGGAACUGGUGCAUAUCAUACCUCAUCUGAUGCAAGCUUGUUCUCUAGCUCAUUGCCAGUUCUUCCCCAUGAAAAAUUAAUGUCUCACAAGUCAGUUGAUGAUAGUGCUGCUAGCUUCAGUCAAUUCCAUAUAAAAGAAGGUGAAACAAGUAAACCUGGAAACUUUCUACCUGGGGAUGAGGAUGAGCUACUAGCAGGCGUAAUGGAUGAUUUUGAUUUAGGUGAGCUCCCCACUCAGCUGGAAGAAUUGGAAUUAGAAGAAGAUCUUUUUGGUGGGGGAGGCUUUGAAAUGGAACCUGAGCUCCAAAAUAAUCUACUUAAUGGCUUUGCAAAUUUAAGUAUGUCUCCCGGAAGCAGUAACAGCAAUGUGAAUUGUGGCUACUCAUUAAAUGGUAGUAUAGGGACAGUGGCUGGGGAACACCCCUACGGAGAGCAUCCUUCGAGGACAUUGUUUGUUAGAAACAUUAACAGUAACGUAGAAGACUCCGAAUUAAGAUCUCUAUUUGAGCAAUAUGGAGAUAUAAGAACUUUAUAUACUGCUUGUAAGCACAGAGGGUUUGUGAUGAUAUCUUAUUAUGAUAUCCGUGCUGCUCGAACUGCAAUGCGUUCUCUACAAAAUAAGCCUUUAAGGAGAAGAAAACUUGAUAUUCAUUUCUCGAUUCCAAAGGAGAAUCCAUCAGAGAAGGACAUUAACCAAGGAACUCUUGUUGUUUUCAAUUUGGAUCCAUCUGUAUCUAAUGAGGACCUUUGUCAAAUAUUUGGGACUUAUGGUGAAGUAAAAGAGAUAAGGGAGACACCACAUAAGAGACACCAUAAGUUCAUUGAGUUUUAUGAUGUCAGGGCUGCCGAUGCAGCUCUUAAGGCAUUAAAUAGGAGUGACAUUGCUGGGAAGCGGAUUAAGCUUGAACCUAGCCGACCUGGCGGAGCCCGCCGAAACUUGAUGCAACAAUUGAGCCUCGAGCAAGAACAUGAUGAUGUUAGAACAUUUAGGAACCCAGUCGGUUCACCAAUUGGCAGUUCUCCUCCAGCAAGCUGGGCGAAUUUUGGGAGUCCAGUCGAGCCCAAUCCAUUGCAUAAUUACAGCCCAUCUCCCAGUUCAAGAAAUCUCAGUCCUGUAAAUUCUAAUCAUUUGUCUGGGCUGGCCUCUAUCCUCUCAAAUCCUGUAAAGAUUGCACCCAUAGGUAAAGAAAUUGGAAGGGUUAGCCAGGGAAACCAACCAUCUCAUGCGUUCAAUGAGGCAAAACUAAGUUCAAGCUCGGGAAUUGGAACACUCUCUGGUCCUCAAUUUCUAUGGGGAAGUCCGCCGCCUAUUAACUCCGGGUCCGCAACAUCAUCAAUGGGCAAACCGUAUUCACACUGGCAGGGCCCGCUUCUCAGUCACGUGGGGUCUGCACCAUCCGGAAUACCACUGGAACGGCAUUUCGGGUUUUACCCCGAGUCGCCCAAUACAUCAUCAUACAUAAGCUCAAGUCUUAAUAAUAAUAAUACUAAUAAUAAUAAUGGAAACCAUGGCAUGAAUACAGCGGGUGUUGCUUUUGUGGGUGGGAGUUUUAGUGAAAGUGGUUCUCCUGCUUCUAGAAUGAUGCCAUUGUCAAGAAACAUUCCCAUAUAUUAUGGAAGUGGUUCUUAUGGAUCAAGUAAUGGUGAAGGAUUGAUUGAACGUGGUCGAGGUCGUAGGAUGGAAACCGGGAUCCAGUUGGAUAACAAGAAACAGUACCAGCUUGAUUUGGAGAGGAUAACGAGAGGGGAAGAUUCCAGAACUACUUUGAUGAUUAAGAACAUCCCUAACAAGUAUACUUCAAAGAUGCUACUUGCUGCAAUUGAUGAGACCCAUAAAAGUUCAUAUGAUUUCCUCUAUUUGCCAAUCGAUUUCAAGAAUAAAUGCAAUGUUGGGUAUGCCUUCAUCAAUAUGGUCUCUCCUCAAAGCAUUAUCUCUUUCUAUGAGGUAUUCAAUGGGAAAAAGUGGGAGAAGUUUAAUAGUGAGAAAGUUGCCUCAUUAGCUUAUGCAAGAAUCCAGGGAAAAGCUGCUUUAGUUGCUCAUUUUCAGAACUCUAGCUUAAUGAAUGAAGACAAAUGGUGCCGUCCUAUUUUAAUCCAGUCAGAGGGCCAUAAUCCUGCUGAAGAGGAACCUUUGCUGUCCAGCAACCUAAAUAUAUUCAUCCGCCAUCUUGAUGGGUCUUAUUCGGGAGAUUCUAUUGAAGAGAAGCCAAACUCUGGAAGCAGCAAAACUUCAACUCUUGAAAACGAUGCCAACGGGUUCUAACUGUUAAUGUCUUAUUCUAUAUGUACAUACAGCAGUUACUAAUGGGAACAGUGGAAGCGAUUUGAUCGCAUGUGUGCUGGGCAGUGUCUGGUUUUUGUACAUAUGACACUCCCAUGGCAUUAGAAAAUUUGGUAUUUAAGUAACUGUAAUAGAAUAAUAAGUCUAAGAAGCAUUUGACUUUACAAGUGUGUCUAUUAUGUCAUAUGCUUUGAUGGCUGCUUAUUAAUGUACAAUCUCAUCUCUCCUUUGUGCUUUUUUACUUUGGGGUUAAGUGGUUAACCUUAGCUACUGAUGAUUGUGUAAAA